AUGGCAGAUGAUGACACCUUGCAGGAAUUGGCUAGGGACAGCGAAUCAAACGAAGAGCCUGCACUAGGCGAUGAAGCAAGGUGCGAGCACUGCCAGAAAUGUUCUUACUUCGGACGAUUGGAAAGCUAUGAAAGAAAAGGGAACUUGGACAUUCGGGACCACCUCAAAAUAUACAUGGGUGCAGACGAUGAAAGACCCCUGAAGGAGACAGCAGAAGAAUACGUGGCAUUGCACUACCCUCAAGCCUACACCAAGGCAUAUUCCUUACCUGAGGGGUACAUCUUGCGCAAGAGGAAAUUCACUGAACUCAGGUUAGAGGUCCUCAAAAAGGAAAAAGACGUCACCAUGCCCCCGGACCAACUUUCCGUUGCCAUUGUGUUUGAUAGAGUAAAAGGGGCAUUCCAGGGUUUGCCGUCCCUCACAGUCCAGGAUUACGCUUUCGAUGACACCUUGCUCAAGGGCAUUAACGAGAAACUGAAAAACAAAUUCUUCUUGGAGUUUGGAGUGACUAAAGACGACAUAAAAUCUGGUGAUCACGACGUCUUCGGAACUGCGAUAUCCGGAAGUAACAUCUUGGGACUCUUCUUUCAAAUCAAGGGAGUAACAUCCAAGACUAGCCAAAGGGGAAUCCUUAAUUCAAUUCGGAAAGCAACAGAACAAGUCGAGAAAGAUUUUAACAUUUUUCGUACUCUAUGUAGUGAAUUCCUGAAUCCGACCGUGAAGUUAGCUGGAUUCGUAGCUUUACCGAUGCUUUCGAAGAUGGAAUUGCAGAAACUGAUCGAAUGCAGUGACUGCAGGAUGCGAAUCCUCGUGUCUGAAGACGUGGAUCAUCCAGAAAGUUUCAGAACGUUUCUGGCGAGACACAAUAUAAUUUUGGAGAAACCCUUUGACUCGAAUUCUGAGUGCCCAGUCAUGAAGACCUUCAAGGAUAUAUUCGACCUUUAUGUUUCUGCUGCAUCAGCUCUGGACCUCCCACGAAAUCCCCAUCAACUGUACAACACGAGCGAGGAACAAAUGAAAGAGAUGACUGUGCUUCUCACUCCUCAACAAAGGAAACUAGCAAAGAGUGAAUCAAGGGUCAUAUUCCUCGCUGGAGGAAGUGGAACCGGGAAGACCUUCGUCCUCAAGAGAAGAGCCUUGAAAUUGCAGGAGAGAGGUGAAGUCUUGCUGAUAAACGUCGCCGGAGGACUCUUGACUGAAGAGUUUCGAUACGCAUUUGAAGGUAAGGAUGGAAUCACAGUCAUCGAUGGGAGAGAGAAAGAGUUUGAGAAGGACCCGGAGAAGUUCAAGAAUUUUCUCGUGGAGAUGGGGAAAGGGAAACAUGUCCUCGUUGAUGAGGUUCCCAUCACAUUAGGGUUUCAGGGCCUACUCACAUCAGAUGCCUUAUCCGCACAUUGGACUUGGAUGGUCGAGUUGCAGGAACAUUUCAAGUCUAUUACUCUCGCAUUCAGACCCAAUGACCAGUCCUACUACAGAGACUUCCCCCUCCAAGAUGUAAAGCCCGGAACCAUUCAGAUAGACGUCCUUGACCGUGUGAAAAGGAAUAGCAGGAAGAUAUCAGAGCUGUUCCAGGCGAUUGGUGAUUACUUUCGCCGGAUCUUCAUAUCCCAUGAGAAAACCCUUCCGAUGGACAUGAAAGAACCUGGGGGUGAAUGCCUCCCUUCUCUCUUCACGAUUCCUUCUUGCAGCGUCCUUCAUCCGAACGGAUGUGAGGACAAAAUGUUCUGCUGGACCAUGAAAGCUUGCCAUGUCGUUCAAAUCUUAUAUGCAAGAUGCACCAGAGUGCAACAUAUUCCACUCUUUGUUGUGGUUGAUGAUGAUGUGAAGAAAGCCUCUCUUGUGAACAUGCUUUCUUCCCAAGAUGACACAGUUCUUCCUCUCUUUCUCGGGGAGUUGCCUCAGCUGAAAUCACAAGAGCAAAAUCGAGGGUCGAACGAAAAGGAAAGUGAAGAGAAAAAAAGUGCAAACGGGAAUGGAAAACAAGUAGAAUUUCGCUGCUUUUCUUCUACUACGAUUUCCUUGCCCAAUCUCCUAAUUGUCACAGAGCAUGAAAUGAUCGGAUGUCAUUUUGAUAACGUCACGGUCGUCCUGGACUUCCCACCAUCUAAGUGGAUAAAUUAUCUGCGUAUGAUAGAAUCUAAUGGAAAUAACAUGAUCAUCGUGAUCGAGGAAGAAGAUUUAGCUACUGGGAAAUUCUCCCGCGUGGUGAAGGACAUCCCUGACUGGAACAUCAUGAGGGAUAGUACGACCAUUGAGGAUCUGACUAAAAAGCUUGAAAUGUGGAAGAAAAAUGAAGAGACAAUUGCCCUUCCAGAGCAUAAGGCCGUUCCUUUUACUCCUUCCUACCCAAGACCACAACCCUUUGAACUAUGGCUAAAGGAAGACGAAGAUGCUAAGAAACUUCUUAGCUCCUCGCUGAAUGGAAUCUUUGGUUACCCGGCCUCAGGAAAAUCCAGGAGAGUACACAGAGUUGUCAUGCAAGCGAUGGCGCUCCAAGAGAAAGUGCUCUUUCUCCACGGCGGAGGUAGAUUAUCUCGGGAACUCUGCCGAUGGCACUGGAGAACAGAGACUCAGCUGACUCUAAUAGACAACAUCACGGAUCACAAGGAACUAUGGACAAAGAUGAUUGAAGAAGAGCGUGUCCAGCCCCUCUCGUUCACCAUUGGUGAAUGGCCAGAUGACAUGGAGAUGCAACUACAGACUCUUAUCGAAUUUGACAAAGGACUCCACUCCCUCCAAGAAUCUGGAGGAGAAUGCCAGAUGUGCGACCAAUUCUCCUUCUACGGAGAGUUGAAGUGCUAUGAAAAGAGGGGAAACUUCGAAUUUCCAGAAAAUGUUAAAAUAUGCAUGAGGUCUACCGAUGGUAGGGACAUGAAGGAAGCAAUGGACACAUACGUGCGACAGUAUUGCUCCGAACCAUAUAGCAGAGCACAUUCCUCACCUGAGGGAUACAUUUUGGGAGGCAAGAAACUCGAAAAAUUUAUGGAAAUGGCUAAAAAAGGCAGAGAGAAUAUAGAACUGUUCCAGCUGCCCGAUGCGAUGGUGUUUCAUCGUCUCAAAGAUGCAUUCAACAAUGUGCCAUCCCUGACAGGUACUCACUAUGCCUUCAAAGAGAACUUCAGUCAGGGUGCCUCUCCAAAGCAAAAUAAGCAAAUACAAAUAAAGCAAAAAAAGCGGGAAAAGGAAAAGCAAAUACUUGAUGGGGAGUUCGACGUCCUUCGGCGGCGUUAUCAUCAUGAUGUCUUUGUCGUUGGGAUAUCUGGCAAUCAAGUAUUUGGACUUUUCUUUCGAGUUAAUGAAUUAUCAGAAACAGACCUGCACGAAGUCGUCGAAAGACAUGAGAUAAGCAUGAGGCGAAUCAAAAGAGACGUCAAUGUUUUCAGGAACACAUUUGGCGAAUAUCUGAAUUCGAGCAUAAAAUUAGCUGGUUUUGCUGCUUUCCCCUUACUUUCGAAGAUCUCAUUGCGGGAAUACAUAAAAUGCAGGAAAUGCGAAGGAAAAAUCCUUACUUCGGAAGAUCUGGACUCCUCGGAUAGCUUUUCGCGGUUUUUGAAGAAACAGGGAAUUGUAUUGGAAAAGUCCAGGGACAGGGACCCCGAAUCUCCUGUUAUGAAAACCUACAAAUACAUCUUCGAUUUCUACAUUUGUGUAGCAUCAUGUGUGGACCACCCACGCAACCCAACUGAGUUGUUCACCCAAUGCAAGGAACUAAUGACAAUGAUGCAGGUGCACCUUCCAAAGAAACAGAAGGAAAUAGUAACGAGUAAAGAAAAUACCAUUUUCAUAUUUGGAGGAAGUGGAACAGGAAAAACGACGAUCAUUAAGGAACGAGCCUUGGAAUUGGCUAAAGGAGGCGAUGUCUUGGUGAUCAACAUGAGCGGAGGAUUCCAAACAAAUAAAUUGCGACGCCUCUGCAAAGGUCAGAAUGCGGCAAAAACGUCGUAA